UAUGAUUCAAUGGACCAAUUAAAUGGCUCUGUAGUAACCGAGUUUGUACUACUAGGACUUGCACAAUCCUCAGGAAUGCAGUUUUUCCUUUUAUUCUUAUUAUUAUUAUUCUACAUGGGAAUUAUCCUGGGAAACCUUUUCAUUAUGAUCAUAGUGAUUUUUGAUUCUCACUUACAUUCCUCCAUGUAUAUUCUGCUGGCCAAUCUAUCUUUCAUUGACAUGGGCCUUUCAUCUACCACAGUUCCUAGGAUGAUCUCUGAUCUUUUCAGUGUUUGUAAAGUUAUUUCUUUCCAUAAUUGCAUGGCACAGAUGUUCUUUAUUCACAUCAUGGGAGGAGUUGAGAUGGUGCUGCUCAUGGCAAUGGCAUAUGACAGAUACACAGCAAUCUGCAAGCCUCUCCAUUAUCUAACUAUUAUGAAUCCCAAAAUGUGCUGGCUUUUGGUAGCACUAGCUUGGGUCAUCGGGGUGAUUCAUGCUGGGUUUCAGUUUGUUUUUGUUAUAAACUUACCCUUCUGUGGCCCUAAUAAUGUGGAGAGCUUUUAUUGUGAUUUUCCUCGGGUUAUGAAACUUGCAUGCAUGGACACUUACAGGCUAGAAUUUGUGAUCACUGCCAAUAGUGGCUUCAUAUCCAUGGGCACCUUCUUUUUCUUAAUUGUAUCAUACAUCUUUAUUCUAGUCACUGUCCGACAACAUUCUUCAAUUGAUUUAUCCAAAGCAUUCUUCACUUUGUCAGCUCACAUCACCGUAGUGGUUUUGUUUUUCGGGCCAUGCAUUUUUCUCUAUGUGUGGCCUUUUCCAACUAAGUCACUGGAUAAAUGUUUUGCCAUUGUGGACUUCAUUUUCACCCCACUCUUAAAUCCUGCCAUCUAUACUUUAAGAAACAAAGAUAUGAAGGUGGCAAUGAAAAGACUGAGUCAACAGGCUGUAAGUUCUAGAGAGAAGACAUAA